GUGGUUUAACUAGUAGCGUGUUGUUUGUCUCGUCCGAGAGGAGCUGUUCUCUGAUUUUUUUAGUCAUCAGAUGGGUUCCGCUCUAUAGCCAGCAGCAUCAUCCAGACACGGACACGCUGACCUCUACCGUCAUGCGGUCUGCUUGUCUGGCUUGGCCUACUCACCUCCAUGAAACCGUUAAUUAAGCCUAAAAUCGGAAUCGGGUCGUCGUGCUUGAUUGCUUAGCUUCACCGCUCAGAGUCCGUCUGCGCGCGCGUCCCAUUCCGCCAUAUCUUGCUGAAAAGCUUCGGCCGAGACGCCGCUCCUGGGGUUUCCAAUAUACGGAAACUCUCGUACGGAACUUCCCUCUUUCCCACCCCCAUACCAAUCCAUAGCUAUUAUACAUAAUACCCAUCCUUUAUCCCCCCCCUUCCCCGCCCAAUUUUUUACCUAAGCCAAUGGAGAACGAGAAGUCGCCGACGUCCAGCACGACCACGACCAAGAGCCCCGUGUACAGCUUCGUGGCGCCGUCGCGCAGCGUCAAGCGCCCGCGGCCCGUGAAGAGCUGCCUGGAGUGCCGGAAGCGGAAGCUGCGGUGCGACCGCGGGUCGCCGUGCUCGCAAUGCCAGAAGGCGCAGCGCUCGUGCCGGUACGCGGCCGAGGGGGAGGUCGUCAGCCUGAGCGACGACGGGUCCGACGCCGAGACUCCCGAGAGGACCGUCAAGCGCAACCGCAGCGCCGUCUCGGUGCUGCCGAAUAGUCAGGAGGGGGCCCCCGGCCAGAAGAGCGCCGAUGCCGGAUACGCCGCCGUUCUCGAGGAGCAUGCUGCCAGGCUCGAACGCCUCGAGCAUCAGAUGCUGUCGAGGACGUCGUCGAUUGCGGAGUCUAGUAGUGCGCCGGCGCAGAGGCCGACCGCAUCGUCGCUGACUAUUCGUGGGUUGACGGUGAAAGGGGGAUUGCGGUCGAGGUUUUUCGGUCAGAUGAGCACACGUGUUCUGGUAAAUCUCUUUGAUGAGGCGAAGGACUUUAUGUUUAGUAGGAAUAAGUCCGCCGAUAUCAGGGAGAUGUUCCUGAAUAUCCAGAAGAUCCAUAAGGCUCUUCAGGAUGAGCAUCGCAAGUCCAUCGCCCCGAUCACUGUGUUCGUGGACUCGAUGACGCCGAUUCAGAAGCGGAUGGCCGAUGUGUUGCCGAGCAAGGCUGUCUGUGACACGUUACUUAAUAUAUAUCUGAGUGGAUCGGAGACUAUAUAUCGUGUCCUACAUAUCACCUCGUUCAUGAGGCAGUAUAAUCAGUACUGGGAAGGCAAACCUCAGCCCGACACAUUCCUUCCUCAACUUCUCUCGAUACUAUGUGUUGGGUAUCGGUAUCUGGGUGCUGGGAAGGGACAAUAUCCUGACCGAGAAGGAAUUCACAUCCCGACAGCUAGCUCUCUUGUAAGAACCUGGCUCGACAGUCUUCGGGGAAAGCAAUUGGUCGAAUUUAGCACUCUCCAAACCGAGAUCCUUCAACUCAUGGCUCAAAGGAUGAUUAACCCACAGAACCAAGAGUCUUGGACGCAUCUCGGCCUCAUCGUACGAAUGGCGAUGACUAUGGGAUUUCAUCGAGACCCGUCUGAGUUCGGACAGAAGAUAUCACCAUUCUGGGCUGAACAGAGGAGAAAGUUAUGGUACACGAUACUCGAGCUGGACGUCCACAUGUCCAUGCAGUGUAACCUCCCUUGCUGCAUCCGGGAGGGCGAUUUUACGUGUCAACCCCCUAGAAACCUUGACGAUGCCGAUAUCCACCCGAAUAUUGAUCAACUCCCUCCUGCGAAACCCAUCGACCAGGAUACCGACUCACGUGUUCAGGUGUUUGCUGCCAGCACCUUAUCUAUGCGUUUUAGGGUUGUUGAUGUAAUCAAUCGCACCGACAGUCUCCAGGACUACCAACAAGUCCUGGAACUCGGCAGAGAACUAGAACGGGUAUUUGAAGAUGUAAGGUAUAUCGUUCCACCAACUCACUCAAAUGAUAUGCAAGAAGUUCGCCGGCGGUGGAUGACGAGGGUUGUGUUAGACAUGCAUUGUCGUCGACCCUUAUUGGCACUAUAUCGACCCUUCGCCUUGAGCGAUUCAGAUGUUCCCCAACAAAUCAUGACGGGAUAUCUAAGGUCGUCAAUGGUCCUACUCUCCUACCUAGACGAAUUAGAUCCUUCGUCUCCGGAUUACCAUCAUAUCUGGCAUAUGCACCAAUUAGUCCUCAAACAAGAAAUCCUCCAAGCUGCCUUUAGCAUCUGCUACUACAUGAAGCAAUCUAUUCAUGGCCCCGGAUCACCGGCACCGUCGACAUUGGAUUCGAUCAUCAAAUCAGAAUCUGCCGAGGAAUCGUGUACUAUUGCGUCCGAGAGUUCGGUUCUAUUGUCUUUACCGCGAUUAAAAAAUAUCGUACAAAAGGUGCUAGAUACUAUGAACAAACGAAUACGGGAGAUCGGGACGGAUUUGAGAGACGUAGUCUCGCUUACGGUUGUAUUCAACACUUCUCUUGGUGGCACACCGGAGCAGAAACGGGAAGCUAUUAAGUUGGGUCUGCAGGCAAUUUUGGAUGCGGGCAUGCAAGCGAUACACGCCAACCAAGAGAAUAUCGCUUCGAUGCCGGUGAGAAUACCUCUUAACCAUACAUUUCAUGACAGGUUAUUUACUUUGUAUCGCAGAUUAUACCAUCGCCUGUGUCAGUACAGUUGAACGCACUACAGCCCACCGGUUUCGUGACCCAUAUACAACCUUUCAUGACGACGCCGGAGACUCCUAAUUCUGUAUGUUUCUACCCGAAAACCGCUACCGAGGAAGCCAGUCUAAUUAGUCAGGUACCGGACGACUUGGCUGCCCUUUGGGACAUGGAAUUCUGGA